AUGAUUAUACACCACGCGACAUAAUGCCAACCCGACCCCACUUUCUCACCAACAUGAUUUGCAUUAACAAAUUGCAAUGAAAUUCCUCCACCCACCCACAAACACAUAUAAAAAUUCCAGUUUCCAAACAUCCAAGAGCAAGUUGCAACGCAUAGCAAGGAGGCUCGAAGGGAGAAGGAAAGGCGGCUUCAAGAACUACAAAAUAUCAUUGCAUAUUAUUAUUAUUAUAAUUCAGGGCAGCAUAGUGGGGGCCCAACACCAUGAUUUGAUGCUGAAGGUGGGAGGGGAGGUCACGGAACCAUAUCCCACUCUCGGUUCCAGAGGCCUCGGAGAUCAAGGCCUCGUGAGCUAUUCUUUUUAAGGUUCUAUUGCAUGUGAGAGAGCCUCUCGCGAUGAUGUUUGGGUGCAAGUGCUUAUAUUGGAACGCAGUCACCGAUUUCUCGCCGGCUUCUUCGCCCGAGCCCUUCUCGCUGCCUGCUCCGGUUCCCAAAUGGCCUGAAGGUGGAAGUUUUUCCUCUGGAAAAAUAAUUUUGGGAGCAUUAGAAGUUAUUAAGGUCUCCAGGUUUGAGUUCAUUUGGGGCUACAACCCGGCACAAGACAAGAAGGGUGUUGCAUUUUAUAAACCGGUGGAUAUACCUGAUGGGUUCUAUUGCCUUGGCCACUACUGCCAACCUAACAACCAGCCAUUACGAGGAUUUGUUCUUGUGGCUCGGGAAGUAGUUACUUCUUGCGACCCCGAUAAGUCACCAGCUCUUCAAGAGCCCCUUGAUUAUGCCUUAGUAUGGACUCCUGAUGAUGGAAGCCAGGAAAAGUACGGUGCAUGUGGUUAUGUUUGGCUUCCUCAGCCACCUAAGGGUUACAAGCCCAUGGGCUAUUUGGUUACCAGCAAGCCAGACAAGCCUGAGCUGGAUGCAGUAAGAUGUGUUCGAGCUGAUCUAACCGACAAAUGUGAAGUUUACCGCCCAAUACUUAAUUCUAGUUCUAAAUCUCCAAAUUUCCCAUUUGAAGUUUGGGACAUGAGACCCUGCCACCGGGGAAUGUUGGGGAGAGGAGUUCCUGUAGGUACAUUUUUCUGCUGUAGCCACUGGGAUGCUGGAGAAGAGCUUCAUAUUGCAUGCUUGAAGAAUCUAAAUCCUAUUUUAGCUGCAAUGCCAACCCAUGAGCAGAUUCAUGCACUAAUUCACCACUAUGGACCUACCGUAUUUUUUCAUCCAGAAGAGGUCUUCUUGCCAUCUUCUGUUUCAUGGUUUUUCAAAAAUGGAGCACUGUUGUUCAGAGCUGGAAUUUUGGAUGGUGAAGCUAUUGAUGAUAGUGGCUCAAAUUUGCCGGGUGGGGGAGUGAAUGACGGGGAGUUUUGGAUUGACAUGCCAUGUGAUGAUCAGAGAGAGAGUGUCAAACAUGGAAACUUGGAAAGUGCAAAACUUUAUGUUCACGUGAAGCCUGCUUUUGGUGCUACUUUUACUGACAUUGCAAUGUGGGUUUUCUGCCCCUUCAAUGGGCCUGCUACACUAAAAGUUGGGUUAGUGAAUAUUGCUCUUAGCAAGAUUGGAGAGCAUGUGGGUGACUGGGAGCAUUUUACACUCCGUAUAUGUAACUUCACCGGGGAGCUUUGGAGUAUAUACUUCUCACAGCACAGUGGCGGUAAGUGGGUGGAUGCUUAUGAUUUGGAGUAUAUGGAGGGAAAUAGGGCCGUUGUUUACUCAUCAAAAAGUGGUCAUGCAAGCUUCCCUCAUCCUGGAGUCUAUCUCCAGGGGUCCUCCAAGCUGGGGAUUGGAGUAAGGAAUGAUUGUGCCCGAAGUAACUUGUAUGUCAAUUCAAGCGUCCAUUAUGAACUUGUUGCAGCAGAGUAUCUUGGAGAUGGGCUUGUUACGGAACCUUUUUGGUUGCAGUUUAUGAGAAAGUGGGGUCCAACCAUCAUCUACGAUUCAAGAACUGAACUGGAUAAGAUAAUCAAUAUUUUGCCUGCGAUGCUUCGAUAUUCAGUGGAGAACAUAUUUGAUAAGUUUCCGGUGGAGCUGUAUGGGGAGGACGGUCCUACUGGGCCAAAGGAGAAGAACAACUGGGUGGGAGAUGAAAGAUGGUAGAAUUUUCGGAGAACCACUUUAAUUGACUAUUGGUUCUUCAUUGCCUGCACGUUUUGUUCAUGUAUGUACACGGGUAGCCAGUUUUGUUUUGAAGGCUGGUCUUAUUUUGCCGAAGGUACAUUUUUCAUUCUUGUAUAUGUACUUUUAGAUAGGAUUGCUUAGUGCUCCCAUUUGAGCAGUGGAUCCUUUGCUAGAAGAGGGGGAGGGGUAAAUGAAGUAGAAGUUAGGAAUUUUUCUUUUAGUGGACCUACAUGGUUCAUGUGGUUAUAAAUGAGCAAUUCCCAUGAAGUAUGAUCAAUGCUGUAAUAUGAUCGGGCCAUCGACACGUCUCUUGAAGCAUGUAAUUUUGGGUAGGUCACGCUGCAAUAAAAUGGUAUGGGUUUAAAAUUUUUGUGCAGAGACGCGCUUUAAAGGUUCUGGUUUAAUUCCACUUAAUAUGAUGGGUCAAGAAGGAAUGUUGGGAUCACCAUUCCUAAGCACUUUGUACAAACAUAUCUCAUGACUUUGUCAGAUAGGUAAGACUUUAAGGCUAGGGUUCUGUACGUGGAAGACAAGCAACUAUUGCACUUUACGACAUCCAUGACUGCAGGCUUACUUUACUAUAUUCUUCAAGCUUUGACAUGGUUCAGGCUUUGACAUGGGGUCUUGAAGAAAUAAAUUUCUGAAAUCCAACAGUAGAUUAUUUCAUGAAGUUGAUCUCCAAGAUGUAGUCUUUUGGUUCGUUCAGUGCUGUAGAGAUGGGUGGUGGAUGUUAUGCGUACAAUUGAAUCAGAAGAUUAAUUUCAAGUAGUUGCAAUAUGUGGAUCAGGAUCAGGAUCAGGAGUCUACAUGCCCCACCUGACAUGCAGGGGCUCGGGCCACCUGCCCAAGGAAGCGGGGCGGCCACUGCCCGUGACCCUGUUCAAAUUUCCUGCAAUCCGGGUAGGGUAUUGCAUGGAUCCCUAUGCCUAAUGUAUUAUGUGUAUAUCAGAAUCAUCCAGAUGUUGUGAGAGGUUUUUGCAAUGACUGGGAGUUGAGAGAAUCAUUUCGUCUGGGUUGGCAAACAUAUUGGCAUGCCAAUUGUAAACCAUUUGUUUGUUUUGAGUCCGGUUAUGGUGAAACUUGAAUUUUGAUUUCGACUGAAAA